CAGUGCGCACGCGCUUAUCCAAGUAACAGUGGCAAAGCCAGCCAUAUUAAAUUUACUGAAAGGAAGCUGCUGAAGCUACCCCACGUGUGUCUGUUGAUUACUCCGUCUAAAUUUGUGAUUUAAACGAUUAGGCUUCUUUAUUACAAUGGGUUAUGUUGCUAGGGGCGGUGGAGGUGGCCGUGGAGGCGGCGGAUUCCGAGGCGGUGGUGACCGCGGAGGUGGCUUCCGUGGCGGCAGAGGCGGCGGCGGAUUUCGUGGAGGAUUUGGAGGCCGCGGUGGUCCAGGCGGAAGAGGCGGGUUUGGAGGCCGUGGAGGUGGAAGAGGCCGCGGCGGCCCACCCGGCCGUGGAGGCAGAGGAGGACGCGGUGGCGGAGGGGGCAUGAGAGGUGGCGCCACAGUUGUUAUCGAACCCCAUAGGCACCCUGGCGUGUUCAUCGCGAGAGGCAAAGAAGAUGCCCUGGUCACACUGAACAUGGCUCCUGGCGACUCUGUUUACGGCGAGAAAAGGAUUUCCAUUGAGGAAGCAGGAAAGGAGGGCAAAGUGGAAUACAGAGUCUGGAAUCCCUUCCGUUCAAAGUUGGCUGCCGCUAUCCUUGGAGGAGUAGACCAAAUUCACAUGCCUCCCGGCAGCAAAGUGCUUUACCUUGGAGCAGCUUCUGGAACUACUGUUUCACACGUAUCCGACAUUGUUGGCCCUGAAGGGCUUGUAUAUGCAGUUGAAUUCUCACACAGAUCAGGCCGUGACCUGUUGAAUGUCGCUAAGAAAAGAACAAACAUCAUCCCAAUCAUUGAAGACGCGCGUCACCCACACAAGUACAGAAUGCUCGUCGGAAUGGUCGACUGUGUGUUUGCUGAUGUCGCGCAGCCUGACCAGGCCCGCAUCGUUUCUCUGAAUUCCAGUUACUUCCUAAAAAAUGGAGGUCACUUUGUUAUCUCCAUUAAGGCUAACUGCAUCGAUUCAACUGCCCAACCUGAAGCUGUGUUUGCCGACGAAGUGAAGAAAUUGCAAGCUGACAAGAUGAAACCCCAGGAACAGAUCACAUUAGAGCCCUAUGAAAGAGACCACGCUGUUGUUGUUGGAAUUUAUCGUCCUGCAACGAAGGGCUCCGCUUAAAUUUUAGUGCAAAUGACCUCCCUACCCAGAUUUAAGGAUUAAGUUGCUUGUUGAUUUAAAAGAACUUUAAGUCGAGCGAUUCUUUUGUAAUAAACUACAAAGCACUAUAAAAAA